AUGAAAGUUGUAUUGUUCAAUCUCAUCUUAGUUUGUGCAGUGUGGAGCUCACCGAGGUUGGAACCGUUAGUUCAAACGAAGAAGGGCCUGAUCCGGGGUCUGCACGCGUCCGAUGGGGACUACUCCAUGUUCUUGGGUAUACCCUACGCGAGGGUUAACGAGAGCAAUCCGUUCGGACCGUCAAUGCCGUACCCCGAUUUCGACGAAGUCUUCGAGGCUUGCGACGACUCUGCAAUAUGUCCGCAAAUAAGAGUGUUUCAAAACCAAAUUAUAGGAACACUAGACUGUCUACAUCUCAACAUAUACGCCCCCAACAAGGCUACAAUCAGUAACCGACUUCCUGUCCUCAUUUGGAUAUACGGUGGCGGUUUUAGGACUGGUUUCGCCACACGCUUGUUAUACGGGCCUAAGUACUUAGUUAGAAACGACGUAAUUUUAGUCACCCUCAACUACCGCCUGGGUCCAUACGGUUUUAUGUGUCUGGAUACACCAGAAAUACCCGGCAAUCAAGGCCUGAAAGACCAACUCAGAGCUUUGCGAUGGGUGAAUGAAAACAUCGAAGCGUUCGGAGGCGACGUCAACAAGAUAACGAUAUCUGGAUCGAGUGCUGGAGGAGCUUCCGUUGAUUUCCAUCUCCAAUCAGCGCAAGAGAAAUUGUUUGAUAAAGUUAUAAUGCAGAGCGGAACAUCUCUGUGCCCGUGGGUUAUGCAAGCGACCAACCAAAACGCUCCCAUGCAUAUCGCUGAGCACCUUGGCUUUGAAGCUAAAGAUAACGCUGACGCCGUGACUUUUCUAUCAACAAUCGAACCAAAACUAGUUAUAGCGGCGGUGUCAGAACUCUCGCUAACGUUCCAUCCAUGUGUUGAGAAAGACUUCGAUGGUGUGGAGAAAUUUGUGCGGGAACAUCCUAUCAAUAGAGAAAUACCAAAAGCCAAAGAUAUCAAAAUUCUCGCCGGCUACAAUAACCGGGAGAUGCUUCACAUUUACGGUAGCAAACCAUUAGAUAGUGAACAAGGUUUCCAUUUGUUCAAGAAACAUUUGGAGAAGAUUUUCGAUUUGAAGGACGAUGAAGAUAACCUAGUGGCACUGAUACGUCAGUUCUACUUUGGCGAUGAGGACUUCAGCGAGGAUUUAAAAUGGGAUCUGAUGGACUUUGAAUCUGACUUUAGAUUUAACCAUCCAGUACACAGAAGCAUACAGAAGUAUCUAAAAAACGCUGCAACGGUCUACAACUAUUUAUUCUCAUACUCAGGUGGCAGAAAUUUGAACAAGUAUGUAAACAACAUAACCGAAGACGGUGCAGCCCAUUCUGAUAUAAUUGGCUAUCUCUUCGAUGUAUCGAUAUUGCCGGAAACUCCAACGGAGGAUGACCAGCUAGUCAUCGACAGAAUCACAACGUUGUGGACUAAUUUCGUAAAAUAUGGAGACCCCACUCCUGAAACAACGGAACUGUUGCGGGUGAAAUGGUUGCCAGUAGAGAAAGACGUCUUAUAUUACCUAGACAUAGACAAAGAACUGAUUAUCAAAAGGAGACCGUUCCACGACCGGAUGGCUUUCUGGGACCUGUUCUAUAAGAUGAACAAAAAGUUGUUGAUCGGGUAUAACGGAGAAGAUUAA